UCUCACCUUCACGAUACAAUGGAUCUCACCAUCUCCAAGGACCAUACCCGAGGUAAGGAGGAGGUUGAAAAGAGUAUCUUGCAAUUCGGCGUUCCGGUUAGCCUUGGCCCCAGCUCGAACUCUAUGGUUUUCAAAGAACCUUGGGAAUAUGCAGCUCCAAACCCGCCGACGUGGAGAGACCCAUAUGCACAGAAUCCCGCCGGGUACACGCAACCCGCGAAUCCGCAAACUGGCCAAGCCAUAGAAGAUCGGCCUUGGGUUGAUCCAACGGCCCGGAUAGGACCAUUGAAUGGGUGGACACCACAACCUCUAGCUACCCCUCCUAUACAUUCUCCGGCACUCCCUCCCGGUUGGAUUUCACAAUUGGAUCGCAACCGUGGACAAUACUACUAUAUCCAUCUCCCGACACAGUCCACGCAAUGGGAGUUUCCCAAGGCUGCUACGCAGCUUUUCAGAGACAAGUCACCUGACUCAAGUCUUGACAAGGAUGGUUUCCGGUCUGAAAAUAGCAACGACCAGCAAUAUCAACUGCAGUCAGGGGACCAGCUUUCCACUGAAUCCAAAACACAAGCUCGGCUGCAAGUACCGAGCGAACUUUCGCACAAUCUCAAAACUGUCCGGCAAUCUUUAUCUAUGCAACAUCCAUCUAGACUGCAUACACCAUCAAUUUCACCGCAGUCUCCUAAUCCUUCUACAUUUCGUUCUCCAUCCCGUGUGUCAACUUCACAUACACCACAGAUUCGUGGGCAGCAGCAAGUUUUAGCACACACGAAAAGCAUCGAUUCGACUCAGGCAAUGGCUUCCACAUCUCAUGAACAAACAAUUCUUGUGGAAAGCCCGCGCAAAUUGCAAAGUCAGGGUAACACUACACAGUCAAUCAGAUUUCCAAGCCACGGGCCACCAUCGCGUCCAUUGGGUCAGGGUCAAACAUCGAGGGCAAAUUUUCCCACAAAGCUGCAUGAGGAGCCAAAAUAUGCAUCAGCACGUCAUGAUAUGGGGCCAUUCUUUCACCGAGGUUCCCUGCGCAAUCACAACCUCGGAAACCGUCACACCGGGAACAACUCUCUCCUUUCUAGUCCAUACAGGGGCACUCCGAUUUCUCCUUUGCUCAAUACUGAAGCAGUUGUGCGCAGCUCUAAACAUUACACUACGGAAGAUGAAAUUGAUUUCACAUAUUUCGAUAGAUUUGAGGACAGUGCUCUCAAAAUCACCGACCCAAAGCAGCUACGCUUAGAGCAAGUCGGGAUAAAAGCACUACGGAUCGGGCCAGCUCAACAGCCGGAAACCAACACUUCACAUGGCAUUGAAUUAUCGGUGUUCAAUCGCCCGCCCAGAAAGAGGCUAUCAGAGACAAGUGUUGCGUACGCAGAGGAUUCUCCAGUUGCCAAAAGAAGGCGAACCAAUAAAAUGCAUGAUGAUCAAACAAGCUUAGGUCGAACUAAUUCCUUGACACCAUUUAGCACGCUUGCCGACAUUGAUGGUCUCACAACUGAUACUCAGUCGGGAGAUGUCAACAAGCCGGACUAUGCUAGAUUACGCCCCGAAAAUACUGUAUCGCAUUGGGAGAAAUGCUCAACCGAGCCAGCAACUCGCCUCAAAGGUGAUCCGAUACAGGACAAAAACCCAGUAACGCGUUCUUCACAAUUUAUAACCAUGCCAAGGAAAAAACAAUCGUCGAAAAUGACAUCCAAUACUCAUGAAAUUGAGUCAGUCGAAAUGGAACUCCAACGACAGAUUCAAAAGCAGCGUCUUGAGAUCGAGCGACUAAAGAAUGUGAACGAGGAUCUCACCCGAAGUUCUAAGGAGGAUGCAGGUAAGCACUUGGCCCCUGCUUGGCUUACCAUCCACCGGGUAAAGUAUGGCAAGUCCGAACGAUUCUACGAAGACUGUCCGCAAUGGACCUGGACCGGAGGUCGCUAUCGCAUCGAGGGGAUGCGUCCUAUAUCGAAAGUGAAGAGCUUUGUGGCAAGGCGCAAAGCGGCACCUACUGCUUUUCUCGUACUUCAUUCUUAUGAUCUUUCUGGAAUGGAAGAUUAUGAACCGUCCGAUGAUAACGAAAUCGAGCUCAUAGAGGAAUUUCGGGACAGUACCCACAUCCAGUUUCUAUGUCGCGCGCUCGCGUCUGCCUUUUAUACAGUACUGGAGAACAACGAAAUUCUGAAACGCAACGUUAAUUUUGACGAAAGGCUUGGUUUGGGCGAUGAAACAGAUCUUGAGGAUCAGGAGAACUGCCCUGUAAUCACUAAUAUGGAUGUGGUCUUUUUUCAUUUCCGCCAUUUGUUGGUGACGGCGCCUGACCCUUUGGACGAAUCAGAAGGGCAAGUCUUGAGAUGCUUCUUUGAUUUCCUCAUCACAGAAUUUGGCGAAGCGCAUCAAGCAGCCACCCAGUCGCUUGCCGAAGGAUUCGUCUCAAUGAUAAACCUCAAGUACCUGUUCAAACGAGAAGACAUUGUCGUAUUCAGCGAGGAGGGACGAGUGUGGGGGGCAAAGUUGAAGUCCUUUCCGUACACUGCAAACGACAAAAUGGUCGUUCAUACUGAUUCUUAUCAGUUCGAUGGAAAGUUCAGCCUACGACAUGAGAAGCAAGACCUGCCUCUCCCGCACUCCAUACAAAAAAAGCAGUUGACAGAGAUAAGGUCGCUGCCGUGUUAUCCCCUCUCGUUUGCAAGCAGUGAAAUACAACAAACUCUGAAAAAAAGAGGAUAUAUCUUUUGGCAAUGCCGACACAUGGCGUAUGUCGCCUACAACGGACCCAACAAAGAGCAUGAUACAAUUUAUACAAACACGAGGUUCUUGGUAGAUGUUCGCACAUAUCAGAUGAUGCACGGCAAUAAAACGUUACGAUAUAGUCCGGUUAAUUCGGUCGAUGAGAAGACCAUGUCAGAGAAGGAACCGCGAGCUGAUCUGGUUUAUAUGGUUCCGGAGAAUAUCUUUGGUUUUGACAUACAAGAAAAGAAAUGGGUUAAUAUAAACGUGGAUGGUAUUUCCAGUAUACAACGGAACAAGAACGCUUUCGAAACACUUGCCAUCGAAGAACAAAGCAAGGAGCUCGUGAACGCUCUAGUCAACAACAAGAUCAAUGCGCAAAAAGCCACGGAUAUGGUACUGGGCAAGGGCAAUGGAUUGAUUCUCCUUCUACACGGCGGACCAGGCACUGGAAAGACACUAACAGCGGAAAGCGUGGCCGAGAUAGCUGAGAAACCUCUCUACAGAGUCACGUGUGGUGAUAUUGGAACCGAGCCGCGCCAAGUGGAGGAAUAUCUACAGAAGGUAUUCCAUUUAGGCAAAAUUUGGGACUGUGUUGUGCUGCUUGACGAGGCAGAUGUAUUUCUUGAACAACGCACGCUCGCUGACCUCACCCGCAAUGCUCUGGUUUCAGUGUUUCUUAGAACACUUGAAUACUAUGAUGGGAUUCUCAUUCUCACGAGCAAUCGUUUCGGCACCUUUGAUGAAGCAUUCAAGUCCCGGAUCCAACUAGCGCUACACUACAAGAAUCUAGAUCGUUCACAACGCGAGCACAUAUGGACGAAUUUCAUCGACCGACUCAAAGAUCUCGGCGAGGAGUUUGAUGACACUGGAAUCAGGAAUAAGAUCAAGCAUCUUGCCAAGUAUGAAAUGAAUGGCCGACAAAUUCGAAACGCUAUAACGACGGCAAGGCAGCUCGCACUAUUCCGCAAAGAGGAUUUGAACAUGGACCACCUGGAGCAUUCGAUCAAGGUGUCUGGCAAAUUCGACAAGUAUCUAGAGGAGGUUCACAAUCAAAUAAAAGACGAUGAUAUGGCGCGUGAAGAAGGAUGGAGAUAA